UUUCUUUUCCUCCUGAUUGGCCCGUAUUGAUUACUUAUUUCAGAGUCACUGAGAGGACUAUUCCAGUCACUCUUUGUCUAAAGACCAAACUAAACGCUACGUAGAAACUACGAGAAAGCAGGUUAAAUCACCCAAAACCAUGAUGAACGUCGUGAUUCACUUCUACGUGGUCCUUGUUUUCGUUUGUGGUAGCCACGCCUUGCCAAAGAAAGAAAAGCUCAAUGACAGUAACCUGAAUACUUGUCUUUUUGACUGUGGACGCUGUGUGGGAAUCCUUGGGGAGGAUAAAUAUAAACGCGAUGCUUGUAUGGAAAAGUGCGAGGAAACGAAUGGAGCCAGCAGAGAUCCUGACUGUAAAAAUUCGGAUUUCGUGAAAGUUGAUAAGUUGGAUGCAUGUCUUAAUGCUUGUGCACACUGUACGUUUAUCCAUGGGAAGAGUGUUUAUAUAGGCGGUGCUUGCUUGAAAGAAUGUAGGAAAACGAAAGGAGAGAGCAUCGAUCCUGAAUGUAAAAAUCCAGAGUUCCUUAUGACUGAAAAAGAGAGGGAGUGUCUUGCUAGUUGUAAAGAGUGUUGUUUGGAAGAUUACGAAAAUUAUAAUCACGUUAUUUGCAGGUCAAAGUGCAGGUAUACAAAAGGAGCUAGCAAUGAUCCCGACUGCACAAAGUUCCAAAGGAAAUCCGGGAAGAAACAUGGCAUUAAUCGAAAGAAUUCGUUUUUACACAGAAAUAAGAACCUAUUUAAGAACCUAGAUUACCUGAGUAGGUGUGGAUGAGAAUAAAUYGUAAAUCAAUAUAUUUAUCGUGAUACACGGAAUCUUUCAAUGUAGAAAUGUAGUAAUAAAG